UGGAUCAUCAUUUUAUGCAUACAAAUCAGGUAAAGCGUGGAAAUUUUAUGGAAGUGAGGGUCGACGAGGAUCUGCGAAGGACACCCGUACGAGACUCAGCGAGGGUUGAGGGUUGGGUGAAGGGUCCAAAGUUCGGACCCUCAUGAGGGUCUGGGCGAAAUCUAUUCAAUUUGCUCUUGCUGCAAGAUUGCUCCUUCUGCUUUGUCAAAAUCUUCGGGGAUCUCGAACAGGUCGAUCCCAGUAUCAUAAAGCGGAUUGUCGUAAAAUUCACCCAUGUCAUCAGAUCCUCCUGAUUCUAAAGCAUAGUGGCUUUCAUCCGCCCAAAGAUAUUUUCAUGGACUCAGGGUAUUGUCCAGCUCCAUCAAAUUCGCCUCACAAGUGGCGUCGCCGCGUCACACUGUUCAUCUGAGUCAGUGCUGCUGCUUAUGAUGUUGUUUGCAGUACAGUUACUUCCCAG